UCCAUGGGACCUAUGGAUGCGGAAGAUCAACGGAAGUCAAACUUGUUUUGCAUCACGCGCUACUGAGCACCUGUCUUCGGAAUGAACUGGGCUUCACCUCCACCGCUGUAUCCAGUCCUCUCUAUACACCCGUCAUCUGGCUCUGGCAGAGGCGUCCCCCCCCCCCCGUCCCGUCUCCUGCCUGAAGCUGAGCCUCUCACCCGCCACUGUCAGUAAUCACUCGCGCUGCAAACUAUAAACCCAUCAUGGCGGCCGCCACCAGGCUCACGUCAAGGUUGGCACUGGUCACCGGAGGAGGCAGUGGAAUUGGACGGGCGGUGUGCCAGCGCCUCGCCUCUGAGGGCGCCUCCGUGGUGGUCGCCGACAUCAGCGAGGAGUCGGCCAACGAGACCCUGGGGAGGCUGCAGAGUGACCUCAGAGGACAGGGUCACAUGGUGGCGGUGGUGGAUGUGUCGUCAAAAGAGAGCGUGAAGAAGCUGGUCACAAGUAUACAGACUCAGUACUUUCAGCCUCCCUCGAUGUGUGUGAACGCAGCAGGCAUCACCCAGGACGACUUCCUGCUCAACAUGGCGGAGGAUCAGUUUGACAAAGUCAUCCAGGUCAACCUAAAGGGUUCAUUCUUGGUCCUUCAGGCUGUGGCUCAGGCUCUGGUGGCCUGUGGAGCACCCAAAGGAUCCAUCGUUACCGUGGGCAGCAUCGUGGGGAAGGUGGGAAACAUCGGACAGGCAAAUUACUCCGCCUCUAAAGCAGGAGUGGAGGGUUUAACCAGGACGGCUGCCAAAGAGCUCAGCAGGUUUGGGAUUCGGUGUAAUUGUGUGCUGCCAGGUUUCAUAUCAACUCCGAUGACGGAGAAAGUUCCAGAGAAGGUUAUUAGCAAGAUGAAGUCCUUGGUGCCUCUGGGGAGAAUGGGUGAGCCUGCAGAGGUCGCUGAUGUCUGUGCCUUUCUGGUCUCAGAUGACUCUCGAUACAUCACAGGAACCAGUGUGGAAGUGACAGGUGGACUUUUCAUGGGAUAAAUCGUCCUUCAGCCAAGACCAGUGACCAGUAAUCUAACUGUGAAUGUACUUUAUUUGCUCUUUAUGAUUAUAGUUGAUUGUUUCAUAAAUGUGGUUGACGACAUUCUACACAAUAUAAAGCCACUUUUGUGCCACAUCUUUCACCUGUUUGUAAUAUGUCUGUACUGAAUGGAAUAUUUUAAUUUGUAAGCUCAGAAUUAAAAGUAUUUUACUUCAGCCUUCUGGUGACCUGUAGAGUUUCACUCUGUUGAUUUUGGCGGUCCCUGUGGACAAAAAGUGGUAGUGCUCGCACCAGAGUCCCUUUAGAAAACCUCAGUUUGCUGCAGUAGGGUCUGACAGUCUGCCCCACUCAGUCCUGGUUCUGGUUCUCCCGUGCCCCCCUUCCCUCC